AUGCCACCUCUUAGUAAAUCUCAAUGGCCCAACGCUGAGGAGUCGUGUGGAAGCGAGGUGCAGACAACAAGACUUGGGCGAAACCGGAGAGCCUGGUGGGCUCGGGGCCCGGCAAUUGAACAGUUCAAUCGAGAUAUCGAGCCAGAAAUCACAGCCAUCUUGAAGAAUAUCGACAUGCAGGACGCGGAAAUCAACAUCCGCGUGUACAUGAUUGGAAAGAAGGAGGAGACCAGUCGCCCAACAGUCAUGGUCUGUUGCGUUGACAAAGAAGUGCGUCAACGAGCGAAAGAGUCAUUACGAGCCAGUUCAACACUCCGGAACAACCCUGGGUUUGCGCUCGGAUCGAUCGACUACCUGCUUGAGCAAUUGGUACCUGGCCGAAGUUUGGCAUCGAAUAUGGCAGAUGGGAGUGUUAAUCCCAGAAUCGAAACCGGUCCCAAUUCAGAUCCAAUGCUUGAGGUCUUCUCCACAUCGCUCAUCCCGAAAAUUGGAAGACGUCUGUACAUUACUCACCUUGGGACCAUCGAUGCCUACCCUUGUUCCACUGGUGGCGUGGUGGUUGAAGUGGGAAAAGAGCUUUUUCAACUCACCGUCGGCCAUAUCUGUGAUGUACAAGAUAACGGGCAACAAGUGACCUCAUCAAUGGACUCUGAUGCUUGUUCAAUUGACGGUCAAAGCGAAAGCGGAAGUGAAGCCGACGAUGCACUCUCAGCAUUCGAGCAGAAUAUGCACCGGGCAAGCAUGUCUUUUUGCGAGAUGUCUGAUUUUGGAUGUUCGGGAGACGAAACAGACUCAAGCACAUCAACCACGCUCGAAAGACACCGAAAAUCGACAUGUACUGUCUACAGCGAUACAGCCAGUCACAAAUAUCGUGUCGUGGAUGGUACCCCGGAGUCGCCGCCCUUGAUCAAAGUCGGGAAGGUAGCUUUACAUUCUCGGGACGGAAACAAUCCGAAUCUGGAUUAUGCACUGAUAUCAAUCGACGAACCCGUCUCUCUGCCCUUCAACGAAAUCACCCUGAGUCGUGAAGACCACUCGCCAAUUCUUCAAGUCCGCCAACUAGCUACCAUUGACAAUGAGGAGCGGCGUAUCGUUUCAGUUACAAGCGCAAGUGGGGUCUUGAAAGGCAUGUUGAUCCCAGGAACAACUUUCCUAGCCAAAGGAAACCAACCCCAACCUCAAAAACUCCAUGUCGUUCAGUUAGAUGGCGUCGUUGCUGAAGGGGACUCUGGGGCCGUCGUGGUGGAUGAAGUAUCCGGAGAUCUUUACGGCCAUAUCAUUAGCGGAUGCCCCGGGACCCGGAUUGCAUAUAUAGUUGCUUCAUCAGCAACCUUCGAAGACUUGAGCACUCGAACAAACGGACAAGUAUCAAUCUAUUCUUCGAGAAAGAUUGAUAAAUCACCGGCACAGCCUGUUGAAGUUGGUCGGCGACCAACCGACACUGUCGAAGAUAGACGCCGAGAGGGGGACGCUCACGACAGCGACAUGCCACGAGAUUACGACAAAAGGGCCUUACCAUACCGUCGCGUCGGAAAAAGAAAUCGCGUCAAACAUGUUUUGCAACGAAGCCGUCGGAAAACAGGCCCAAGAAAGUCGACUUCCCCUUCAGGCCAAUCACUUCUUCAUGUGUGGAAUCCGUGCCCCAUAGAUCCUGGACUUGUCCUCAAUCCCGUUUCGUUUUCGGAUGACUGGGGACAUAUCUAUGCAAUCAUAACUCUGAAUCAUGCGUUCUUAUCCCAACACGAUAGUGAAGCUGAAGUGAAGGAGGUUGAGGAUUUCACUAAGUGCUCACUAAAAGAGCUUUUUGGCCCAGUGUCUUGGAAUCGUCAACGUCUCACCGCAAUACUUGACGACUAUGCCACGAGUGGGGGGCUUUCUAAAAGAAACUCGCUCAGUGAGCCCCUGACGGCCUCUGGUCUUUAUCUUAGGCUUAAAGAACUGUGGUACCCUGAGAAGAAAGCCAAUCAGAGCAUGAAGUCGAGACCGGAACAUUCAAACUCCUGCGGUAAUGAUUAUAUUAAUAGGCGUUUGAUAUUCAUCACCGAUCUCGACCGGUGGGGAUUCACUGCUCUCGCCGCGACAGUUCCCACAAGUCAAUCCAAAACGCUGAGCUCUGCUCUCAUGAAGUACUUGAUACCUCGGUCUUCAUUACAAGUAUCGAUUCCAGUAGUGGGAGUGGGAUUCAUUCUGGAAUUUCACAUCUCGUUCUUUUGCUGGCCAACCAGGAGAGAGAAGGCCGAAGACUCAAGAAUUCGAUCAGAAGGCAAACCAUUAAGAAGAUGCAUGGACGUUUCCUUUCUAGAACCGGACUCUCGGGGUGACAGCACAGUGUAUGAAGCGCAAAUCUCCUGUGUGAUUACUGGAGAAAGCAACUGGACGUGGACCGCCUACCUUUUUACGGACACCUAUUUCGAAGAGGAAAGUCCCGAUGAUGUUACUCAAUUCUUCGAGGAUAUGUCGGAUGAAGACGAAUGUCUGCUCAAGCUGGAUCCCCUCACUCAGGGGACACGCGACACAGUCUUCCCAAUCUUGGAUCCAAGAGCGUAUUUCCUAAUUGUGCUACAGAUCUCUGACCACCAACCUUCAAAAUUUGAUCUUGAGAGUUCUCAUAGCGAUGCAAUUUCUGCCUCUGAGUCAUCUGCUUGGAUUGCAAAAAGCUUGGAUGUAAUGAAGCAAUUGCAGCACAACCUUUCCCAAACCGUACUCGAGCUCGACAAAUUUAUGCGAGACGACGCGGAUUAUUUUACCGAUCAGGAAUUUCUGACCGCGAACAAUUAUGCCUUAAUGCGAACGUGGGACUCAAUCAAGCACACUCGCCAUGAGCUGCGUAGGAUCGAUAGCCGCUUAGCUCAGCUCAUAGAGCACUGCGAGGACUUCAGAAAGGAUAUCAAGCUGCAACUUAAUAUACAGAGGCACCAACUGUCUAUUACACGACCCGAUAAGUGGACUUCAGAAAUUAUCCUGUUCAUAUUUUGCCCUCUAGCUCUUGCAUCUAGCUUGCUUAGCAUGCAACCCUCAAGCUUUCCCUUCAGGAACCCGACCUUCAGCUCUUUCCUCGGCACUGCCGCUGUUGUUUCUGUCAUCUUCUGGUUCACUAUCAUCAUCAUCACGAAGUGGGGUUCUGACAUAUGUCGCGCUGCCGUGCUUUUCUUGGAUGACCUCUUGAAACCAACGCGUACAGAAGGCGUGCGGCGGGAGAGGAGAAUCGGCAACGAUAAUGCCGUUGAGUUAGGGCGAUAUCCCUGA